AUGCAAAUGCAUAGGAAAACCGAACUUACUAUUUAUGCCAAAUUAUAUUACCAAAUAUAGCAUAAACUAAAAUAGAGGAGUAUUUUUUUUUCUUUUGAUGUGAAAUACAGAAUUUGGUCGACAUAUGAAUGGAUUCAGCAAAGAAUGAAUGGUGUUUUCUGAUAUCGUUGCGCCCCCAAAUUCCAUUAAUUUCUGGUUUCGUUCCUGCAAAAAAGCGACGACAGGAAAAUAUCGCGUGAAGAAGAAGAAGAAGAGUCCAUGGGCGAUCAUUUGGCGAGGGCCGAGGACUUCGAGAGCCGAGCCGAGAAGAAACUCGGUGGCUGGGGCUUAUUCGGCUCCAAAUACGAAGACGCUGCCGACUUAUUCGACAAAGCCGCCAACGCUUUCAAGCUUUCCAAAUCAUGGGAUCGAGCAGGAGCAGUAUAUGUCAAGUUGGCUAACUGUCACCUGAAGUUAGAUAGCAAGCAUGAAGCUGCUAAUGCGUAUGCUGAUGCAGCUCAUUGCUACAAAAAGUGCAAUAUACAAGAGUCAAUUUCAUGCCUGGAGGAAUCUGUAAAUAUCUUUCUGGAUAUUGGAAGGUUUAAUAUGUCUGCAAGGUAUUAUAAGGAAAUAGCUGAGUUGUAUGAGCAAGAACAGAACUUGGAACAGGCUAUCGUGUAUUUUGAGAAAGCUGUUGAUCUCUUCCAAAGUGAAGAAGUAUCAACAUCAGCAAACCAGUGCAAGCAGAAAGUUGCUCAGUAUGCCGCUCAGUUGGAACAAUAUCAAAAAGCCAUAGAGAUUUAUGAAGAGAUAGCACAACAGUCACUCAACAAUAACUUGCUCAAAUAUGGAGUAAAAGGGCACCUUCUUAAUGCUGGUAUUUGCCAGCUAUGCAAGGCUGAUUUUGUUGCGAUUAACAAGGCAUUAGAGCGAUACCAGGAUCUAGAUCCAACAUUUUCUGGAACACGUGAGUACAAAUUGCUAGCGGAUUUAGCUGCUGCCAUUGAUGAGGAAGAUUUGACCAAGUUUACUGAUGCAGUCAAGGAAUAUGAUAGCUUGACUCAGCUGGAUGGUUGGAAGACAACGCUGCUGUUGAGAGUGAAGGAAGCUCUGAAGGCCAAAGAACUGGAGGAGGAUGAUCUUACUUAAAUCCACUUUUUCAUAUCACUGCUAACGCCGUUUUCUUUUCUUCUUUUAGUUUUUUAUACUGAUCUUACAUUAUAUAUCAUUGUGCCUAUUGCAAGCAAUAAUGUCGUAAUAAUGUAAAAAAUCACUUGUCACAAAAUUUUAGAUUGCUGCAUGCCUAUGCUUAUUAAUUGGUUUUGUAAAUAUAUAUUCACAAUGACACUAUCUUCUUUGCCUUGCA